AUGUCUAAUCUCGCCGUCAACAAUCUCUACGGAGUCAAAGGACUUGUUGCUGUAAUCACAGGAGGCGGAAGUGGCCUUGGCCUGACUGUAGCAAAAGCACUCGAUGCUAAUGGCGCCAAAGCAGUCUAUAUUAUCGGGCGUCGAGAGGAGAGCCUGAAGAAAGCUGCCGCACAGGGUGUCAAUGGCUCAAUCAUUCCUAUCCAAGGAGAUGUUACAUCCAAAGACUCCCUUGAAGCAGCUGCCGACCGUAUCCAGAAAGAACAAGGCUUCAUCAAUGUUCUUUUUGCGAACAGUGGCAUUAUAGGUGUCAGCACAGCGUCCACGGGUCUUCCAACGGACAGACAACCAACAGUCAAGGAGUUCAAGGAUGCGAUGUGGAAACCAAGCAUCGAAGAUUUCAGUCAAGCCUCUCAUGUCAACGUCUCCGGCACGUUCUAUUCGGCGCUAGCCUUCCUAGAGCUCUUGGACGAGGGUAACAAACGCAAGAACGUGGAGCAGAAGUCCAACAUCAUUGUCACAUCAUCGGUUGCAAGUUUUUCGCGCAAGAUGGCGGCAGGAAUAUCUUACUCGGCUUCGAAAGCAGGUACCAACCACCUCAUCAAAAUCCUUGCUACGACCUUUGGUCCGUAUAAAAUACGAGUCAAUGGCAUCGCACCUGGAAUGUUUCCUAGUGAGAUGACGGAGGGCCAUCCUUCUUUCUUGAAUGCCGACCCAUCAAAGGAGGGAGGAGUGUCGAAGCAAGUCUGCCCGCUGGAGAGAGCUGGAUCAGAAGAAGAUAUUGCGGGCACUGCGUUGUUCAUGAUGAGCCGAGCAGGAGGAUAUCUGAGCGGGAACAUCACUGUUGUUGAUGGAGGUAGAAUUGGAGACUUGCCAUCAGCCUAUUGA